UAUAUUCCAAAUCUUAAAACCCUUGGGGACCUUUCACACACUCGUAGCUCUACACACUCUGCUACUGUCUUUUCAUUUCUCUCUCUCUCUCUCUCUGUCUUUCUCCCUUUCUCUCUCUCUCCCUCUCUACGCUCUCAUUGUUGAAGACGAUUGACAGAGAAACAGUGUGUGGGCGUUUCAAAGAAAGAUGAGGGGUCCUUUGGGGGCAGUCAUAGGGAGGUACCCAUCAAGUGAUGGGAGUGAGCAAAUGGGUUCAAUCAUUAGGCACAACAGGAAAUGCAGGGACCUUGUGUUCCUUGUAAUCUUUAUAGCCUUCUGGGUUGCUAUGAUUGUUAACUCCAGCUUUGGAUUUAACCAAGGAAACCCAUUAAGGCUCACUUAUGGACUGGACUACAAAGGAAAUGUUUGUGGUGACAAGCAUGCAAAAGGUCUUCGUCAACUGGAACUCAAAUAUUGGUUAAAUCCUAACCAGGUUUACCUAAGUGGUUUGAAAGACAAUCAAUUCAAGUUGGCCAAUGCUCGGAGUAUAUGCUUAUUGGAUUGCCCUACCCCUUCUGAAGAUUCACUAAGUUGGGUGUGUGAUUAUCCUGAAGGAGAUAUCCGUCUUUCAAUGGAUGACUGGAUAGACAGGAAUUAUGAUUAUUAUGAGUUCCUUACACCAGAAAUGAGAAACACCUCUCUUCAACUUCAGGGUCCUUGUUAUCCUGUCAUAUUUCCAAGUGUAAAUGUUUAUUGGAGCUGCCAAUUUAUUGCUCGUCCCUCAAAUGUAUCUUUGAGGCAUUGGCAGCAAAUGGGUGGAGUGAAUAUCAAUGAGGACAUUAUUAUAGACAAAUCUAUUCACAGGUCCAUCAAUUCUCGGUCAUCUGUCUUAAAGAGAUACAUGGCUGAUAUUGGAAAGGCAUGGCCAGUGCUGAUUGUUUGUGGAGGAAUCUUGCCACUUUUUCUGUCAGUGAUUUGGCUGCUUCUGAUUCGUCAUUUUGUUGCUGCAAUGCCCUGGAUAACAGUCGGCCUCUUUAACAUUCUCAUAAUAGCAGUCACAAUGUUCUAUUACUUGAAAGCUGGAUGGAUAGGAAAUGAUGCCAUCUCUCCAAUCAUCGGUGAGCACGAUCCAUACAUUCGCAUAUCUGGAAGGGAGUUAACUCAUCUCCGUGCUGCUGCUGUAUUUAUGACCUUUAUUACUGUUGUUGCUGUUCUUACAUCAAUUGCUAUAGUCCGCCGCAUCCUUAUGGCAACAUCUGUCCUUAAGGUUGCUGCGAAGGUCAUAGGAGAAGCUCAAGCGCUCAUAAUAUUUCCAGUCAUUCCGUAUACCAUCCUUGCAAUUUUUUACAUGUUCUGGUUUUCAGCUGCUUUCCAUCUGUUCAGUUCUGGUCAAGUUGUCCAGAAUGACUGCAAUUUGAACUGCUGUGUUUAUGAUCUUUUGUCAAAACGAGUGAACUGUGAUCGUUGUUGCGGUUAUAGCAUUCAUUACACUCCUCAUAUUGGAGUUGCCAUCCUCUUCCACCUAUUUGGGGGUUAUUGGGCUACACAAUUUUUCAUAGCAUGCUCAUCGACUGUUAUUGCGGGUUCUGUUGCCUCUUAUUAUUGGGCUCGUGGUGAAACUUCACCGGAAAUUCCAUUUCUUCCAGUCUUUUCCUCCAUGAAACGGCUUGUGCGCUAUAACCUUGGGUCGGUUGCUCUUGGCUCUCUAAUUGUGUCAUUUGUGGAAUCAAUCCGCUUUAUGCUUGAGUCAAUUCGCCGCAGACUAAAAGUUGCUGGAACCACACCUGGUAACUGGUUUGGCAAGGCUGUGUACCAUACUUCGAGAUUUAGCCUGAGGUGUAUCGAGUGGACAAUCAAAUCGGCUAAUCGCAAUGCCUAUAUUAUGAUUGCUAUAACGGGUAAAAGCUUCUGUAAGGCUUCUGCAAUCGCAACGGAUUUGAUCUUUAGUAACAUCCUUCGGAUAGGGAGGGUAAAUGUGAUUGGAGAUGUUAUCCUAUUCCUUGGAAAAUUGUGUGUCAGCCUCUCAACAGCCCUUUUUGCGUUCCUUAUGUUGGAUACCCACAGAUACAGAUCUGCACACAACAAGAUCUCUUCUCCUCUGUUUCCUGUGUUGGUUUGUUGGGGUCUUGGUUAUGUGGUUGCCACUCUUUUCUUUGCAGUGGUGGAGAUGUCAAUUGAUACCAUCAUUCUUUCAUUCUGCCAGGAUUCUGAAGAGCACCAAGGGACCGCCCAAUAUGCUCCUCCACUUCUCAUUGAAACCCUAAAUGACCAAAAUGAGAUGCAGAGACUUACCCAAGGACCCCAAUGAUAUACUUAGAUGUAUAAUUUUCCUUCCUCAAACUUGCUUGAUGGAAUUUGAGAAUCCUUUUGUAAGGUGCUAUAGUCUAGCCUCCCAGUACGUACUCACCCUAGUCCUUGAAUUUUUGUGUUCUACCUGUAUAUAUUAUUCAAGUGUUAGGCGAAACCGAGAGGGAAAUGGGUGCCUCUAUAGAAGAUUGGAAUGUUCAUGAAUGCGAAUUUGAGACAUUUGAAAGAAAACUAUUGAAUUAGAGUAUAUGAAAUGUUAUAAAAAUCUAAAUGAAAACUGCUCAGCUUGCUUUUGAA